GUGUCAACAGGAAGUCACAAGUGGAGCACACGCCCAAUCGCCAACGUUACCGAAGAUGCACGCUUAAUAUAUAUGAAUUGACAACUGGACCUUUUUGUUUAAACAAGGAAGACCAACAGAAUCACAGUGCAUAAUCUGUUCGCAAUGCACCAGACAAGAUAGUACAUUGAGGAGGGUAUUUGGUUGUAAGCUUCUGUAGCAGUGGGUGACCACGUGUUUUGUAAAGCACCAUUCGCUAAAUCGCUUGGCAUUUUGUUUUGCCCGUAUACAUGAAAACAUUACACGGACUAGUCAACCGUCUCGACCAAGGUGUUGGCAUUAUAACGGAUUACUAAAGUAACCUAACUACGUAACGUGACCCACCAACGCUAUAGCUACUGGCUACGGUAGAUAAGACUCGCGACAAUUUGUGGACAUUGUUGAUGUUGACAAAGCUGUGAUGUGUGGCUAAUGGAAUCUUCAUUGCUCUGUCAAGACUCUUUUGGAACAACUUUGUCAUGGCUUUCGCUAGCCUGUUUUCAGGCCCACCAAACGAGGGUCUUCACGUGGCUGAUUGUGUGAGCAGCGUAAGGGAGAAAGCUGGAGAAGAUAAAGCAGCAAUCAAUUAUGAUGGGACUCAAGCCACAAAGAAGAAGAGGAAGAAAAGGAAGAAAAAAAAGUGGGACACAAAUGGAAAGGUCAACAUGAGCACCAUGAACGGACAGCAGGAGGAGCCAGAGGACAGAUGCAGGCUGUGGCACAUCCCAGACCAGGAGCACAGGCCCGGAGUUCAGAGGAAGAAUGAAUGGCUCUGGGAUUACAACAUUGAGGUCAAGAAUUCCCAGUCAGGGAAUCCUCUGAAGCGCAAGCGGAAAGGUGAUGAUCAUGGCGGUCCCAAAAACAAGCGAGAUUUCGCCUCUGAACUGGAUCAGUACCGACGGAUCAGAGAGGCCCCGCCCCCAGCCGACCCACCUUCCCCCUUACCUCAGCAAACAGGGGGACUGUCCCAGACAAAAGAAAAGAUGAAUAUUAGGGGACAAGAGAACCCAGGAAAAACCUGGAUACACAAGAGAAACCGAGCGAUGCCAGGUCCUGGUGGGAGAGGCAGGGGAGGAAGGGGCAGAGGCAGAGGCAGAGGGGGCAUGAGCCAAGGUUCUGGCUUACAGAAUAACAAACCAGAUGGCAGGAACUACGGGAAUGGCCGUGGCCAAAAGGGGGGUCAACAUAAGGGUCAACAUAAGCCUAAAGAGGAGAAAAAGAAGGUCUUUCUUACCGAAGAGUAUAUCAACCGGCAUACAGUGGAAGCCCAGGGACGACGCAUUUGUAAAUAUUUCCUGAGAGGCGACUGCCGCAGAGAAGACCAGUGCAAUUUUGAGCAUGACAUGAAUGUAAAGAAGAUGGAGGUGUGCAAAUUCUAUGUCCAGGGCUGCUGCGCAAAGCAAACCUGCAUCUACAUGCACAAGGACUUUCCAUGCAGGUUCUUUCAUACAGGAGCAAAGUGUUACCAAGGGGAUACGUGCAGGUUCUCCCAUGAGCCUCUGACAGACCUCACCAGAGAGCUGCUGCAUCGGUCUCUAAAUCCUGAGCCGGUGAUGAAAGAAGUACCAGAACCGAUAGAACAGGACUUCUCCUCCUCACCUCUGCCCCCUGUGGCUAAACUCACUGUUGACAUGUCUCACAAUGCCGUCAGUGUCAGGCCAAAUUUCUACAACAGCUCCCCUCUCACAGAAUGCCAGCUCCAGGGAGGCUCUACCCUACCUCCGUCUAGCGGUCUUAACAUACAGGGUGAAAAAAGGACCGUUCCUGUAGGGGCACCUGCCCUGGAGAAAUGUUCCCCAAUGCGUGCUCACUCUCCUGCAGUCCCAGACUCCACAAUGAAGUGGAAUCCAGUGAAGGUCAAUGAUGGGCUCAUCUCUUCACCUGUGGAGGGAGCCUCCUCAGUCCUGCAGACCCUGUUCAUGAACCUUUGCCCGACUCAUGAGGAGCCACAGAACUCUGGUACAGUGACAGGUGUUUCUGCAAGCCCACAUGUCAGUGAUGAGGGCGCUCUCAUUGCCAAAAAGAGGAAGGCACAGGAUACCGCCCCGACAAAACCAGAAACGAACGUGUGUGACUGGCUAGUUAAUGUUGAGGCACGGUCCAGCCAACAUGAGGCAGAGACAUGCGAAGAGGUUUCAGCACCCUUUUACAAACCGCUCUCCUCUCAGGAUGGGGGGGAAUUGGAUGUACAGGAGGAAAUGAGACUGAGGAAUGAGCCUGCACUGGUGCCCCUACAGCCCAUCCCCGGAAUUGCACGAAGGGAUCCACGUUCUGGGCCCCUUCCAGCCACUAUCACGUUGGCCCUGGCCCCCUUUGCCCGCACAGUAGAGUGGGACACUGAGGAACCAUUUCCGCUGCGACCCCAGGUAGUCACCUCCCCACAGAGUUUCAGCCCUACCCAUCACUCUCAGCGACUCUUGGUGGGCACCCCUGAACACUCCUCCUGCAGCUCAACUCCACCUGAGAACCUGCCUCAGGCAGCAUCUUCUGCUGUGCACAAGUUGCCCGUACCGGCUCUAGCUGGGCUGAUCCACCCCACUUACUCCAGAGGCGGGGUCAAACCAGAAGGAGGAGCGCCUGCAGCCAGGGAGACUCAGUCAAAGGGACAUGUCCUCAAGGGUCUUUUCAAGUCCUUCCUUCCUGCAUGUGACCUCUAGCCCCUCUGUCUUUUCUGUUCGCAACAACCCCUGCCAGUAACCGUGACCUGACCCUACUGCACCCCUCUUCUGCCAUUUGGCUGUAAAUGUUCUAACCAGAGACUGCUGUGUACGAUAAACACACACACGUGUGCACAGAGUAUUUAAUGUUACAGGGUAAUACACUACAGAAUCUGGGAAAGGGCUGUUAUUGACAUUCAUUGAAGGAAACAUUGUAACAGGAAGCAGCACUUAUUUUAAGUUUGGCAGAUAGAUGCUGUUUUUUUAGAGUAUUUUUUUAGUAAUGGGGACAAUCUGCCUAAGCAAUGUGUUUCCUCACUGAUUUUAUUGACUUGUGAAUGAGCUUAAAUCCAGUGUCACCAAUAUAAUAAACCUAUAGGGCUGCCUAACCCUGUCCCUGGAGAUAUAUCUUCCAGUAGGUUUUAACCCCCAAGAGCACGCUCAUUAGAAUCAGGUGUGCCAAAUUAGGGUUGAAAUUAAAACCUUGAGUAACAGGGUUGGGCAGCCCUGAUCUAUACCAUAUAUGGAGGUACUUAACACUGACUACACAUUUGUGAUGUUGGGUUGUCAGUAUUUUGUACAUUUGCUAAUGUGCAGUUAAAGGACAAGGCAGACCAUUACUGUGUAAUAUUUUCUGUUGUCACCAGCCAGAACAAAGCAUCUUUUUAUUUGGAAUAAUUGCUAUAUAAUUUUUUUUUUUUUUCAGGAAACUGAUUCCUACAUUUCAGUGGUAAGGGUUCAUGGCAGUAAAUACAUUCUUAUAGUUAAUACUGAAAAUUUAAAGAGGUGGAUUAAGUGACAGGAAUUUUCUAAAUGGCACUAAUUUUAAAUCUAGCACUAUCUGUAUUUCAAUACAGAAGUACAGAACUAUAGUUCUGUUUAAUUGUGUAAUAUUACAGUACUAACAGUAUUUUGACAGGGCAAGAGGGUAAAUGGUGAAGUCUAUCUUUUUUGUUUCUUUUUUUAUGACCCAUUAGGCCCAGAGCAUCAGCAAAACCACGGUGUGUUAUUUCCCCAUUGUGGAUGCCCCUGGCUUUUAGCAGCACCAGAAGAAUCUAUAUUUUGGUGGGCAAAAUUCAAUUAGUGAAUGACAUCUCAGCUAUAGUGUGAAUAUGGCAUAUUCUUCUUACAUUUUGAUGAAUAGUCCUACUUCUAUUAAAAAAUUAAGUUUAAAUCAAGAAAUAUGCUUGUUCAUAAGUGCAUUCUCUGCGUUUACUUAAAUUAAAAGAUAGGUAAAUUUACAUCUGAUUAUGGAGGUAGUCUGUCUGUUUAGUUGCAUAUUUCUAUAAUAAAAUAAAUGUUUGUGUAUCUUU